AAGCAAGUGUCACAGGUUGUGCAAUUAAUCUAUCAAGGAAGCAAGCUGUGAAUCCGACAGGUGCGAGGAAUUGUAACAAUUGUUCAAGUGCGGAUAUACGGCUGGUGAACAGUGGAUAGGAGCUUAUUAUCACGCGCGGAAAACGUGCUUUUUGGCGCAAAAAUUAAUUGGAUACAGCCGUGCGUGAGGUUGUUUGCAGAAGAGCGCUCAAGCGGAAGCAGAGUAUUACUUGUACACAACGUGACCCAAAGCGUUCCCAACAGUGUUUAUCUCUGCCGUCUGCUAACUGAUGACAUACCGCAAUCUCGCCGAAGAACGUCAAUACCAGUGCCCCGUCACGACCGUGUCAACACUAAAUUAACAGUGGCGUUCCCAAGCCGCAGAACGAUGUGCAAUUUUCUGGGGCAGAUCUCGGGAAAUUAGCAACAAUCUCGCAGCAGUUGGUAGGAUCUUACACUAUCUGAUAAGAAAAGCCACUGUUGUCAUUAUGUACUGAUUUCUAGCGACAGAAUGGAGCCAUCGUCACGAUUUAAAGCUGGUUAGAAAAUAUAUUGCGAUAGCGUUCCGCAGUGGUUAACCCAGAAGCAUUUCAAAGUCAUCUGCUGCAAAAGUGGAUGGUAAUCUUUAUAUUGUCUUAGGAUAGAGCUGGAAGGGCGUCUUUUGUGAGCGCGUACUCAUUCAAGCUCAAAAUGUAAACAGCCGUAGUUUCGAAUCUUGUGAUCGCCUGCUGAAAGUAGUAAAAGAAGUUCAAUAUUCAACCGGAAAUGAACAACCCUGGCCGUCAUUGAUUGGCUAAAUCUUACCGAUUUUCUGACUGAUAAGAAAUCCUGCUAUUGUCAGAACGUACUGAAUUCAUUUGCAGAAUGGAGCCGUACUUCCGAAUUGAUAAAUCUAGGUAAAACCAAUCAAGAAAUCUAUUGUGAAUUCAGCCGGAGGAUGUGGCCGCAGAUUCAAAUUGGCAAAUAGCGCGAAAGUAAUCUAAGAUUAAUGUCAAACGCACGGAAGGGUUGCCUCAAAAUGACUAAAACACCGGAUGUGAAAUUUCAGAUCUGUAAUUCUGCUGACGAAGAUGAUUGCGAAACGCAGUCUCCGCAGACGACAGCGGGAAAGUACCCGACUGUACGCGAGGCUGAUUCCUCGCCGCCGCUUUCGCCGUCGAGCGCGGAGCGCAAGCCAUUGCGUGUGGAAUUCAUAGGCAUGGAGGAGUUAGAGAGAAACUCUAUCAAAAAGGAUAGCGAUGCCACUUCUAAUAAGGAUUUUAUCAAGUUCAAAAGAAGGAUAGGGAAUGAUCCCCGCUUUAGGGAACCCCGGUUAUCCCUUCUCGGGAAACCGUUGUGCUACAAGGCGCAUCGAAAGGAUAUCAGGUAUAGACGCGCCCAGGCGAAGAUAUAUAAUUUUCUGGAGCGGCCGAAGGAUUGGAAAUCCACAGCCUAUCAUCUAAUUGUGUUUCUCCUGGUUUUCAUGUGUCUCCUCUUCAGUAUCUUUUCCACUAUUGAUACGUAUGUUGUUGUAGCCAGUGAAGUUUUAUUCCAUCUGGAAAUUUUUAUGGUGUUGUGGUUUACUGCGGAAUACUCACUCAGGAUGUGGUCGGCUGGUUGUAGAUCCCGGUACCAGGAGUGCGCGGGCAGGAUGAAGUUUGCUCGGAGACCUCUUUGUAUUGUUGAUAUCAUUGUGAUUAUAGCAAGCCUGAUAACCUUAGGCCUAGGCAGCUCUGGUCAAAUGUUUGCUGCUUCCGCCCUCCGCGGUCUCCGGUUCUUUCAAAUAUUGCGAAUGGUCCGAGUCGACCGCAGAGGGGGGUCCUGGAAACUGUUGGGCUCAGUUAUGUGGGCACAUAGGCAGGAAAUGUUUACAACGCUGUAUAUAGGAUUUUUGGUACUUAUAUUCUCGUCGUUUCUCGUGUUUCUCGUGGAAAAGGACGAGAACGAAGCUUUUAAAACCUAUGCAGAUUCCCUCUGGUGGGGAGUGAUAACUCUAUGUACCGUUGGAUACGGUGACACAGUGCCUAAGACGUGGGCAGGCAAGCUGAUAGCCGCCUUCUGUGCUCUAUGUGGUAUCUCCUUCUUUGCCUUACCUGCUGGCAUACUAGGCUCAGGGUUCGCCUUGAAGGUGCAACAGCAUCAGCGGCAGAAGCACCUGAUUCGGCGUCGAGUGCCCGCCGCCACCCUCAUCCAGUGUCUUUGGAGGUGUUAUGCUGCUGACGAGAACUCGCUCUCCAUAGCUACCUGGAAGAUCCACCUCAAACCAUGUCGCAGUCCUUCAUCAGGAGUGAGGCACGAUCUGUUCGCGAAUAGAAGCCAUGCCUUAUUCACAUUGCCUAGCCUGUCUAUUUCCAGGGACCGAGACCGCUUUAAACAUAAUUCUUCCUUCGUGAGCCGCUUCUCCACUAGGCGGCGCAGGCAGGAGGCGCCACAUUCGCCGAGGAUGUCCCAUCAUCCUAUGCGAAAGGUCAACACGGGUGAUACAGAGUCAUUGCAUGGAGAGUCUAAUGAAGCGUUGCAAAGAAACCCUGGUAUUCUUCCCACACUUCGUGGCCUCAAAUCUAAAAAAAGUAUCUUGCGUAGGAGUCACGUAAGCCUGGCGAUGGGUGACCACGCCCCUGUCAGUAAAGAAAACUCUGUGGCGUCACUGGCGAGAAAAGACUCGGAGGAAGAUCUCGAAAAUUACCAAGAUGGCGGUGUCACCACCCUGACAGAGCAACACAAGCGCGCCAUACGGGCAAUCAGGAAAAUACAAUACUUCGUCUCCCGCCGGAAGUUCAAGGAGGCGCUGCGACCUUAUGACGUCAAGGAUGUGAUUGAACAGUACUCCGCUGGUCACGUGGACAUGCUGGCGAGGAUAAAGACCUUACAGGGAAGACUCGAUCAAAUACUUGGAAAACAAGGCUCAAAAUCCAAGGAUGUUUACGAUUCAAAAUUUAGUUUAGCAUCAAGAGUGGUCAAAGUGGAAAGAUCGGUUGAGGACGUAGAAUCGAAGCUGGACCUUCUGAUAGAUAUGUACAAAGAGGACAGGCGGAUGUGGCAGGACAUGCAGCAAAAACAACUUAAGGCUCAACAGGAACAAGUUCAACCUUCACAACAGCAACAACAACAGCAACAACAACAGCAGCAAAAGCAACAGCAACAACUAGAAAAAGAAUGGAAACAACAACAUCCACCACCGCGGUAUCCUCAUUUACAGUUCUAUCAAAGACUUCAUCCUCCUUCGGGGUCAAUAAUUAAACCUCGUCCAAUUUUAGUGGACAAACACUACGCCAGUGAGCCUAAUACUCCAAUAGUGCGUAAUCCUGAUAAACCUAUGCAUAGAAACUUAUCAGACCUGGGACCGAGGAUCAAAAAGCGUGUGACGUAUCGUUGUUUAUCAGACGGCAGUGACCUUGACCAUAUUGACUCAUCGGUGUCAAGGUCAGCUGGGAAACUGACAAUACCUGAUGAGAUGCACCCUCAAGAAGAUAAUGAUAGUCCGCAAAAUUCCGCACAGGGUUCACCCCGCCUGGAUCAUCUCUCAGAAUGCAAUACGGACACUGAAUAUAUUAGUGAUGCUGAGAGUGUGACGUCACAGGACGAACCAACCAAUAAGAACAGUCAGACGGCUGAAAAUAGCACCGCAGAAAACAAUAUGGCGGCAACCACUUCCGAUUGUCCUGCUACUUUGAAAGUCGAGGCUACGGAAACUCGGACGUUGCGCCCUGGUGAGAAUUCGCACGUGCUAGUUCGGCCAGAGAUACUAAAAUUGAGGAAAACCAUGUGUUAACCCGUUAUUGUGUAUAGUAGUUGGGUGUGGGACAUUUCAAGUGUAGGUUAUUGUUACCAAGGAUCACAAAUGAUUCAAAAUUGAAAUUCGCAGUGGACAUGCAUGCUACCUCGUGGUACGUCAGAGUGCCCUGUGAACCUCUAAUGCGGGUAUGCUCAGCAGAAUGAGCCUUCUGUCAUUCUGUCAGUUGGGGUUGUGGGAUACAGUACCAUUACUUCCCUUUAGGUCAAAAACCAGUUCAAACCUCUUUCCUCUCAAAAAGCUCAAGUGACUGAAGAAGGAACAUUUUGCAUAUGCCGCAUUGUGUGGUCUCUUAAUAUAAUCUUCGUCAUGCAGUUCCAAGAACUUGUAUUUGGUUUGGUCACAGAUGUAGAGCAAAGGGUUGGUUUCCGCUAUCAGAUGAGUAAUGAGACUGGCUGAUGGACUGGCCCUCCUCCCUCACGUUGUAUAUUGCCACUGCGCACUUGCUGUCGCAUCGUUGCGCGGCGAAGUGGCGCUGCUGGGCAUGGCCAGACUUCAUUUAAGACUUCAUUCAUAUCUCCUUGUGGCCUCCAAGUCAGUUGACUCUGGUCAACAUUGAAAUAAGACCUAAGUGAGGCUGUAAAAAUAAAAGACAAGUUCAAAUUCUUGCCUUGUACGGUAUGUAUGCUUCGUGAAAUUUGUUUUUCCUCGCUCCUGAGAGAGAUCCAGCAAGGAUCAAAAGCUAGUGAGAAAAAGUCAUGAAAAAGGUGUCGACGUUCUUUACUACAGUUUAUAUUUAUCGGGAUUUAGUAGAAAAUACGAAAAAAGAUUGGUGCUGAACGGCACGGGACAGUCGGCUCACACCUCUGCCCGCAUGAAAAAUACAUCGUUUUCUUGUUACAAAUGUAGGCGUGUGAUGCAUUAACACUGCUGUAUAUGUUAAAAUUUUAAAGGUUUUCGUCAAAAGGUUAUCUUUGUUUUUAGUAAAGUUUUUACAAGAGUUAUUUCUUGGUAAAAGUAUUUUUGUGUCUGAUCUAUUGACCCUAGUCCGGUUACUAGUAAUUAUUUUCAUUUGAAUAUGAAAUCAGUAAAUCUGAUGGAUAUGACAGAAAUACAAGAGUUUUUUCACUGUAGCUAAUUUACUGUAAAGGAGGACUAGAAGUAGGGACAAGCACCUUGAAAUGAUGGACUCUUACAACCAGUCAUCGGGGUGAUUGAGUGUCUCGCGAGAUUGGAGGCUGCCAUUUUAAGGUGUACUGUCCUAUUAUUUUAGUCGUAUAAGCGUUGUAGGAAACAUAUACAUGACAUUCAAUGCGUCUGCUCUGAAAGGCAAUAAACUACACUUAGUACUUAUACAUUAUGUUCAUCACUAAUGGCUAAAUGAUCACUGUACAUUCAAUUCACUCCAAUUUUUCAUUCAAAUCUGCGAUAUAAUUUUCGUUUCAUUUUCAAUGUUGUAUAUUACAAUUUUUAUAUCUAACCAUCGCCAGAGAUUCUUUCAUAUUGUUAUAUUUCAUGUAAACAUACAUUAAUUCGCAUCCUCCUUCAGCAAGCCUGUGUAUCGGCCCUAAAACACUCUCAAUCUUGAGGGUUUUUUAAAACCGACCGAAAAGCGUGCUGUGAGAGGGUUUUUGAAUUGUAGAUAAUAUUUGCUUUGCGAAUUGGUUUAAUAGAGCUGCUGCUUUUAAUUAUAGAAUGAUUAGGUCAAGCCACCAGGGCAGACAAGAACCCCAACAACCUCUACACCCGUGGACUUCUUUCAGCAAUUCAAAAUGACCAACCUGUAGCCCCUGGACACACCAUUGCCUCACGCGACAGGUGACCAACCAAAGCGAUCACGUGGGGAUAAUGACCCGUCUAUUUUGGUCGUUACGUGUCACUAAAGUGUUGAUAUGUAGGACUAAAACAUUCUGAGGCAGUUUUUGAUAUAGCUUACGGAUUGCAUGUAGGGCUGCCGUUACACUCCGUAAAGGUUUCUCAAUGAUCCUACUUGAGAAGUUACGGCCCUACUGGAAGUAAUUUUGAUGUAAAAAACCAACAUAUCUCACACCGAGGUUGGUGCAUUAGGCUGUGUUCUAUUUCAGCAAUUCGCAAUGCGUCACAAGUUAUGCGUAUAUAAGCGCACUCACUGUUAUACACAGUUCGUAUGGAACUGCUUAGUUAAGUUAAGACAAAGGUGGACGAGGGCAAAUAUGAUAUUCAAGUAGGCCUAUACUGGUGAAAUCUAGACGCCCUGACCUGUGUACAUGUACUCUUUCAAGAACAAAACCAAAUGUACAAUGUACACCCUGCACACACCCAUAAUCCUAACAAAAACUGCUAUCAAUCUGUGAGCGGUUUGCGAAAAAGCUGACAACUGCUUGAAAUUUAGAAAACGUGUUUGAAAAAUAUUUUUGGAUUAUUUGAGAAAUUACACAUUUUGGUGGCGGUCUCACCAUUCAGACAAUAAUAACCUGUGACGUGUUCUGCAAGAGUAAAAAUCACAUGCCCCCAACAGCUAUUCGAGUUUUUACUACAGGAGCAUAUCGCCUCAUCGAUGACUCCCUUCUUAGUCAUUUUUGCUCUUAUCCAUUUUUGGUAGUUGACAUAUUGUACAAAGCACCAGAGUUUCUGCAUUCCAAUGUUAAGAUUUCAGAUCCCACCGAUUGGGGGUGCCGACGACGAGAACCGCAAUUCAGUGGUCACAUUCACAUUAUUUUAGAGAAAAAAAUCAUUUCAUUGAUUCCCAUGGAAUAUAUACCCAACCUUUUAGACAAUUGAUAUCUUGUUAAUAAACAAUCGUAAUCUAAGUCAUGAGCAGAGGUUGUCAACUGAGUGAAUGUUGCGUGGGAGAGUGGAGAGAGAUUGGACAGUUUGCCUCUUUUCCAUAUCAGCGCCCCUCUUUGUGGUCCGGUUUUUGGGUAGGCCAAUCUUGUCUGUCAAACCAACCAAAUAGCGACUGUAGCGACGUGGCGGAGGGCAGGUCAGUAUAAAACCUGUAUUUUGCACCUACGCAUAAGCCAUGCUAGUACGCUAGUCAAGUUGGCACUUGACAAGUGUAAUCAAGUGCGAGGCUUGAAGGUUCAAGGUCAUGAAGUUCAGCCGUGACGCCAAAAGAAAUGAUAACACUGUGAGGUUUGACCAGACCGCCGCAAGAGGCGCCACCUUGGAAAAGGAGAAUUGUUGACAAUGCAUGUGUGUGUAGUGAAUUGGAAUGUUCCACUCCCUGUGUUCCUACCAAAAACAGAGAUUUCGUGUAAGUUGCAAAAAUGAUUGUUUGUGAUUGGACAGAUGGCUAGUAUGUAUUGUAUUCGCAUUUGAGACAUCGUGUGUUGUGUGCAUGGCAUAGCCAUAUUCAUUUCACAGAAAUGACUAUGGAAGAUACAAUUGUUGAUUGCUGUACCGAGUGUCUGAAGUAUGGAGCUCGUUAUUACAUUGAAGGUGAUUGAAUGUUGCUAAUGAGUCUGGUGUUGAAAAUAAUGAUUGGCGAUGACUAGGCGUGCGUGCGUGUGCUGUUGUGUGCGAAAGGAGGUCGUCUCAAAGUGUGGUCUCAAUGUCUUCUGGUUCUAUAGUACUUGGUUCUUGAUGUACCAAAUCAAAAGCGUUCUAUUUUCCCCAGCUGUUCUAAUGACCAAACGUACCCCCUCUCUUUGUCAAGAACUUGAAACGAACCCUAAAGCAAUUAGAACUUGUUCAAAACGAAGUAAACGCCAGUUUCAAAGAGAGGAGUCAGUUCUUUGUUUACCAGGGAACAGACUCCCGCCAUUGAAAUCGGCAAUUAGUUUAUUUUAAAGGCGUUCUAAUUGCUGUAGGAUUUCAAGUUCUAUGAGCCAAAAUGGCGGCCAGUGACGGUGCCUAUGAUAGAACUAGAACAUGGAACUAACCCCCCCCCCCCGCGUGAAAGCAUUUUGAUCGAGAUGCGGAAGAUGGGAUGGAAUGAACUGUUGUGUCGAGUCGUUUGGAAGAGAAGUGUCUUUUGUUUUACAUGCGUGAAGUGCUUCGUAGAGAGGUGUCCCCAUUACCGAGCCUGAGAGGUAACGAUGAACAAUAGUCAACUUGGCAAGGGGCCGGUUGUUCAAGACGGGAUUUGGUCACUAACGCUGGCGAUAACUGAAGGAGAUAACACCCAGUUAAGGUAACGCCAGCGUUACUGACACAACUUGUCUUUCGAUGCCCAGUUCUCAUGCCCUGCUACUUAAGAAAAAGAUUUAAUAUUCGAUUUUUUAUGUAUGAUAGAAAGCUGAUUGAACCAGCCCGUACGUUGUUUAGGUCGGCACCCCUGGAGUCCGUGGUCGAUAUGACUGUGAGUUUACGACUUUAUUACAUUCACUAAUAAAAGUUUCUAUAAAUCA